CGGUUGGCGGCGGCGGCAAGAUGGCGGUGGCCGGUGCUGGCGGUUCCUCCCGCUCCCCCGAGCGGCGCUACGACCCGCUGUCGCGCUUUACCUGCCCCGUGUGCCUGGAGGUGUACGAGAGCCCGGUGCGCGUCCCCUGCGGACACGUCUUUUGCACGCCGUGCCUGCAGGAGUGUCUGAAGCCCAAAAAGCCGGUUUGUGGCGUCUGCCGCAGCACCCUGUCGCCCGGCAGCAGAGCUCUGGACUUGGAAAAGCAAAUUGAAACCACAGAAACGGCUUGCAGCGGCUGCAAUAAAAAAAUGUAUCUCUCCAAGAUGCGCAGCCAUGUAGCCUCCUGUUCAAAGUACCAGAACUACAUCAUGGAAGGUGUGAAAGCUGUAACUAAAGAACCACUUCACAACUCCAGGAACUUCCCAAAUCGCUUUACCUUUCCUUGCCCAUAUUGCAACGAGAGAAACUUUGAUCAAGAAGGACUAGUCGAACACUGCAAAUCAUUGCACAGCAUGGAUGCAAAACAAGUGGUUUGCCCAAUUUGUGCCUCAAUGCCAUGGGGAGAUCCAAAUUACAGGAGUGCUAACUUCAUGGAGCACCUUCAAAGACGACAUCGCUUUUCAUACGAUACGUUUGUGGAUUAUGAUGCUGAUGAAGAUGAUAUGAUGGCACAGGUUUUGAUGCGUUCUUUGCGGGAUAAAUGAACCAACUAGAAGAUUAACUGUAAACCCCAAGCUUCCGUGAGGGGGAAAUGCCCAGCAUCCUCACACUUGGCCCUGUACAUCCCAAGAUGAACUCAGGCAUCCAGAAAUACGGAAGACUUCUUAAUCCCUAUCUCGGUUUCAAAUCCUGUUUUGAUAUCUCUGUACCACUUAGUCUUUUGUUAAUGUGGUCUAUGCCAUUUAACCCCGUCAGCCUAAUUUUCUUUCUUACUUCACAGUUGUAGGUCAUCGUGGAGGAAGCAAAUCUGUUUUCCUUUACCUCUGCCUAUUUCUUGGUUUCUUUUGCAGUUGUGUUUAUUGGACUGUCUGAAAACAAAAACAUUCCAAAAGGAGUGGCCUGAACUAGUGCAUAAGUAUCUCUUCCCAGUCCCACUUACGUAUCUUAAGUGGUUGUAUGAGAGGUGUAUUUGUAGCUCUGUUUUCCUUUAGUGAAACCUCUAGGUGCUAACUGUAAUUGUCAGACCAGCUCUCAUUUAAAGUGACCUAUAGAUGCCUGUGAUUUCAUAAUGUUUCCCAGUGUUGAAAUUCUUAUACGCAGCCUCUCGACUAUAUGGAAAACCUCUUCAGUAUAAGUCUUCAAACUACAAACUUUCUUAGCAAAUCUUUGCACCUGUAUAAGCAACUAGUUCAAAAUAUUUUAGUUCUAUGCAUGAUUAUUACUUUCUUCCAUACUUUGACCAUAAUUCCUAGCCUGGAAAGUAAACUUUAACGUUGGUCUUAUUUAAAAAACAAUGCAUUCUAAGUGUCUUAGCAAAUAUUAAUCAUUUUUUCUGGCUUUAUGAUUAAAUUGGUGGUUUGGAAACUGAUUUUCUAGUAAUUUUAAUCCUUACGCUGAUAAGGGAAUUCAAAAUUUUUUUUUCAAUACCUUUGCUUUCUAUUUAAACUAAAAUUUUCAUAUAUAUUCCUAUCUUUUCCAUCUCUCACAGCAAGCUGGUAGCAAAACUGACCAGUAAUUCAUUGCACUUGCACAGCACUACCUUUCUGCAUUACAGAUUAUAACAGGUAUUUUGGAUUCCUGUUCUUCAUCUCCAUUUGCUAAAGUAGGUGAAGCUGUACUUAGAUUGUUUUCCAUAUAAUAUGAUAAGUAUAGUAUGCAGUUAUAGCUCUCAAAGGAAAAAUAAAAUAUAACCCAGAAAGCAGGAUGACAAUUCCAGUACCUGGUAAAUGGAUACUCUGUAUUGAAGUCUACGCUUUUACUACAGAGAUUCCUUUUUAGGUUAAAUUUUUCAUUAACCGCACAGUGAAGAUACUGAGAUCUAAUGAUCUAAGGCACCUGACCAGAACUUGUAAAUCACGGUAGUGUUGAGAUGUCUAGCCUAAUUUAAGCAUGUUUAAUUGGAGCAGUGGACCUGCACCACCACGGAGUUGAGGACUAAUUAAUUUAUUUGACCAGUAAACUUAUUAUCAUAGCGUUCUGCAGACUGCAGCAUAGCCUUACCCUUAAAACAAUGACAUGCACCCCACCCAACACCUCUCGAUUGACCUUUCUGUCCAGCCAGACCUCAAACAUAUUUAAGUUCAUUGCAGUAUGAUUUCCCCAACUUUUUUAGGGCUAUUACAGACUCAUCCUUAAGUCUUGGAGGGGGGAACUGUGGGAAAAGUGCUGUGUUUGGGGUUGGUUAUUUUUAAUGCUUGUUCUGCAAAGAGAUUACGUCGUGUUAGUGGUUGGAUGGGGAUUUCUGGGUUCUGGCUAGAACGCAGUUUGGUGGUACCCAUUGACCAGAAUCUCGAUUUCUGCUACUAUUCUAAGUGCACUUCCAUGCAAUUCUGAUAAAAUGUUUAAGGAGCAGUUAGAAGCUUCCGAGAAAUUACUUUGUCAUGUUUUUGACUUUUGAAGACAAGUUACAAAUAAAGAUCAUUUAAUUUAUAAAAGCCUA